AUGGCAAGUUCAUUGGAAAGACUAAGAGAACAUUUGAAAGAUGGUGAUAAAUUGACGUUAAAAGAUAGUGAAGGACAGUAUACUGAAGACAUUACGAGUGCGACAGUGGUGCAGAUUUUAUCUAGUGAUGGUAGCGUUCAAGAAACUUUUCCACUAAAUGAAGAAACGGAAAUCGAGAUUGAUGGCUCAAGUGUACAGUUGCGAAUAAUCGUCCAUUGUUGGUUAAAUAAAGACUCUAGCGCCGCUAGCUACUUAGCUGAUUGUCAGAAUAAGCAAUUGACCAAUGUUUCAUUUUUGCAAAGAACAGAUUUAAUAAACUGGUUGUCUGGAAAUACAAAGUCAUCACAAUAUCUGAAAGCACCCAACCAGAAUGGCCAAACGCUCGGUAAAGAAAUCACGACUGAUAAUGAAAAUAAAUCCUCAAUAGAUGGUUUACCGAGCACCAAAUCAACUACUUCGGGGUCUGCUGAAACUGAUCAUGAAAUAUCAGAUCCAGUUAUGGUGGAAACAAUGAAACAUGAACGUGUGUUACUUGAUCAUAAUUCGGCAUUGCGCGGUGGUAGGCCGAUCGAUUUUGGCUAUCUUAUAAAAGAUGCGGAGUUAAAAUUAGUACAAUCGAUUAAAGGAUCAUUACGUGGAUCUAAAUUGCCUUCCGGCAAUAAAGGUGCCCACAGCCGUGUCUCUAAGACGGAUGGUUCAUCCAGCGGCCCUCGAAAGGAUCCAAUCAUUUUGAUUCCUUCAGCCGCAUCAUCAAUUUUAACUGUUGCAAACAUAAAACAGUUUUUGGUGGAUUCAAAGUAUAUGAAUCCUCGUGAUUUACCAUCAGCGCCAAAUGGGUUGGUUAACAUAGAGAAGAAAUUUGAACGUAUAUCCAGACCGAUCAGAUUCAUCGUAGUCGACAAUACAAGGAUGUUUACUAAGCCAGAAUAUUGGGACAGGGUCGUUGCCGUUUUCACUACUGGCCAUACUUGGCAAUUCAAUAAUUAUCAAUGGAAUUCGCCACAAGAACUGUUCCAACGUUGCAAAGGAUAUUAUUUUCAUUUUGCUGGUGAUUCCGUGCCACAACAUGUGCAGCAGUGGAACGUAGAAAAAGUUGAACUUGACAAGAACAAAAGAUUUAAGGAUGUGGAAGUGGUCCGUUAUUUCUGGCAUAGUUUAGAAAAGGAGCUUAUUUCAAGAGGAUAUCGCUGA